AGCAGCGUGAGCUUCGGCCGCCAUUUUACAACAGCUCCACUCGCGCCGGACACAGGGAGCAGCGAGCACGCGAUUCCCGCAACCCGAUCCCCUCGGACAGGAUUUACCCGCGGCAGCCCAACGGGGAGAUCUCUGGAAACAUGGCUACUGAACAUGUUAAUGGGAAUGGUACUGAAGAGCCCAUGGAUACUUCUUCUGCAGUUACCCAUUCUGAGCAUUUCCAGACAUUGCUUGAUGCUGGUUUACCACAGAAAGUUGCUGAAAAACUAGAUGAAAUUUACGUUGCAGGUUUAGUUGCACACAGUGAUCUAGAUGAAAGAGCAAUUGAAGCUUUAAAAGAAUUUAAUGAAGACGGUGCAUUGGCAGUACUUCAACAGUUUAAAGACAGUGAUCUCUCACAUGUUCAGAACAAAAGUGCCUUUUUAUGUGGAGUCAUGAAGACAUAUAGGCAGAGAGAAAAACAGGGGACCAAAGUGGCCGAUUCUAGCAAAGGACCAGAUGAGGCAAAAAUUAAGGCACUCUUGGAAAGAACAAGCUACACACUUGAUGUGACCACUGGACAGAGGAAGUAUGGAGGACCUCCUCCAGAUUCAGUAUAUUCAGGACAACAGCCUUCUGUUGGUACAGAGAUAUUUGUGGGAAAGAUUCCAAGAGAUCUAUUUGAAGAUGAACUUGUUCCAUUAUUUGAAAAAGCUGGACCGAUUUGGGAUCUGCGCUUAAUGAUGGAUCCUCUGACUGGUCUGAAUAGAGGAUAUGCUUUUGUAACUUUCUGUACAAAAGAAGCAGCUCAGGAGGCUGUUAAAUUGUAUAAUAAUCAUGAAAUUCGCUCUGGAAAACACAUUGGUGUUUGCAUCUCAGUUGCAAAUAAUAGACUUUUUGUUGGGUCUAUUCCCAAGAGUAAAACAAAGGAGCAGAUUCUUGAAGAAUUUAGCAAAGUAACAGAGGGCCUUACAGAUGUCAUUUUGUACCACCAACCGGAUGAUAAGAAAAAGAACAGAGGUUUUUGUUUCCUUGAGUAUGAAGAUCACAAAACUGCUGCUCAGGCCAGGCGUAGGUUAAUGAGUGGCAAAGUGAAAGUCUGGGGAAAUGUGGGCACAGUUGAAUGGGCUGACCCUAUAGAAGAUCCAGAUCCUGAAGUCAUGGCAAAGGUCAAAGUGCUAUUUGUACGUAACCUUGCCAAUACUGUAACAGAAGAGAUUUUAGAAAAAGCAUUUAGUCAGUUUGGGAAACUGGAACGAGUGAAGAAACUAAAGGAUUAUGCAUUCAUUCAUUUUGAUGAGAGAGAUGGUGCUGUAAAGGCAAUGGAAGAAAUGAAUGGCAAAGACUUAGAAGGAGAAAAUAUUGAAAUUGUUUUUGCUAAGCCACCAGAUCAAAAAAGGAAAGAACGUAAAGCUCAGAGGCAAGCGGCUAAAAAUCAAAUGUAUGAUGAUUACUACUAUUAUGGUCCACCUCACAUGCCCCCUCCAACGAGAGGUCGAGGCCGUGGAGGUAGAGGUGGUUAUGGAUAUCCUCCAGAUUAUUAUGGAUAUGAAGAUUAUUAUGAUUAUUAUGGAUAUGAUUACCAUAACUAUCGUGGUGGAUAUGAAGAUCCAUACUAUGGUUAUGAAGAUUUUCAAGUUGGAGCUAGAGGAAGGGGUGGUAGAGGAGCAAGGGGUGCUGCUCCAUCCAGAGUUCGCAGGGCUGCUCCUCCCCGUGGCAGAGCCGGUUAUUCACAGAGAGGUGGUCCUGGAUCAGCAAGAGGCGUUCGUGGUGCGAGAGGAGGUGCCCAACAACAAAGAGGCCGCGGGGGAAAAGGGGUCGAGGCCGGUCCUGACCUGUUACAAUGAAGACUGACUUGCUAUGUGGGAUUACACCAGAAGCUUGCAGUGGAGUAAUGGUAAGGAAAUCAAGCAACCUUAAGUAUCUCGGCUGUAUAGGAGCAUAUUCUAUUGCAGAAGACCUUCCUAUGAAGAUCAUGGAAUCAAAUACGGGACAUUGAACUAAUACUUGGACUUUGAUAUGAAUUUCUUUAACAGUUUUCUCUGCAGUGCAAGUUAUUAAAACUAAAGCUACUCUAUUUUCCCAAUGUGUUCCAACAAAAUCCUUCAUAACUUCCAGCAUGGUAUCUUAAUAAAGAAUAAAGUUCUCUUUAAAAAAAAAAAAAA